AUGUCUUCUACGUCUGCUCUCGCCCUGGCAGAUGCCUGUCUUUUGGUCUUGGUUUCGGGUGCCAUAGUGAAACACCCCGAGCAUAUUGGACGCGUUUUUCCACCACUUAUUGCCGUUUCCAAAUCUCCCAAAACUUCUUUCACGACAUCGGAAAACCUCUUGAGGCUCCUAUUGACAUGUCCGAGCCCAAUUUCCGCGGAUAUCGAUGAAAUCUCUGAUCUCGCUGGCACCUUGAUUCACGCAGAACAAAAUAUUGAUCUUUCUGAACCCGAUUUAAUUGAAGACAUGGAGAGCUUGUCACUGUGGAUUACUAAAGAAUUUGAAAUCCUGGCAGCUGAAAACGAGGACGCAAUCGUGCAAACUGCCAAAGAUUUAGUGGUGUUCUUGGCCACAAAGUCUCACCUGCUCUCCUUCACAAUGGACAGGAAUUUGACUGACCCUUCACGUUCUCUCUUUGAUUUUGUGAAAGCAAAGUGUCUCCAAAUGGCUCAAUAUUACGAGGACGUGAUAUCUGUGGCGGAAUCCUUUAAGUCUUUACAGAACCAUGGCCCGUUUGAGGCAUGGUAUCACGGCAUUAUACAACCGUACAGCUACUUCCACCAUAACUAUGCUGCACUCGCAAAUACUGGCACCCCUGAAAUUACGUAUUUGUCCUUGGAGACUUACAGUGACAUGUUCGGCUUCCUUGUGACACCACUUGAACACCGCGAGGAUGUGUUGAUGUCGAAAUUAUCACCGCGUGCCUACUUUUCGAAUGUCAUUCUCCCAUUGGCCGUAUACUACGACAAUGAUUUGAGCUUAAUUUCGGAGUGGUUGAGCCAGAAUUACUCUUCAUGUGAUACGCUGUCUGAGUUUGAAUUGUGGGAUGAGAUUUUAAGAACCACUCUCAGCUUCCGUAAUUAUGAGGGAGAGUCAUUUACUAAAGCCAGUUAUGACAAGACGCUUCGCUUGUAUGUAUACGCCUGCUUCUACUUUGGUAUCUGUACGAGCGAACAUUUGACCCCUUAUGCUCGGACUAAGAUUCAGAUGCAGAUCAAAGAUACUCUCGUGUAUCUUGUGGAGAUGCUUGGAGGGACCAAUAUUCCCAGCUCACUGGAUCAAGCACCGCUCGAUUUCCCAGACUUCAAAUCUCUCGAAGAUUUUGCCGCUAGCCCACCCGAGUUUGUGCGCAAGAUUGUAGAGGGUGACCUCAACGAAUGUCUCAGCUACGGGCUCCAAGUUUUCUCCACAUGUUGCUCGUUGCACACAUUGAACCAGCUCACAGUCAAAAGAUUUUUUUUCUUAAAAUCACAGGCCGCCUCGGAAACUAAAUGGUUUCACAAGGAAGUCAUGCAGAUCUUCUCUGGUGCUGAUAGCUUGAACUAUGAUCAGAUCAUGAACACUUUAGAUGUGUUUUCCGAGUCCUUCCUAUCACAAAGCAUAGAUACUUUGAAGGAGCUUGACCGGCUUGUAUUUGAGAACUUCGUUCAAACUGAGAAUUUUGAAAACGCAUUGGAGUAUCUGAACGCGCUUUCCACUGAACGCAAAUUACACACAGAUGUGGCUUUCCUAAUAGUGAACCGGAAAUUCUGGGAGUUGUACGAAAAUGCCUCUAAUCUAGAUGAUAGGAUCGGAAGGUUGAAGAUCGCAACGCGUUGUCUUGGGAUCCUUGAAAAUUUUUCUACGCAAAAAGACUUAUCCGAAGCAAACCGUGCAACUGUGGUGAAAAUUAAACAUUUGUUAAAAGCUAUUCAUAGCCUCAAAAACUUCAAGUUGGUUAUUGUGAGAAACCAGCCAGUCACGCCUAAACAAAUCUUAGACACAGUAUUGUCGUCCAACACCGAAGAGAAGUACCCACAGUUCGCCAUUAUUUCCAUGGUGUUGGAACAGAACCCAAAAUCAUACCUUGCGCACGAAAGGUUAUAUAAGAUUGUGAACGAUUUGGCCAUUUACGCAGAUUUAGAUGUGAGCGUCGUGAGCUUCCCCAGAAUCCAGUCUGCAUGCGUGGAAUCGGCAUUAAUCGAUGGAAAUUUCGAUUUCGCAUACAAACAAGCAAAGGCGUUAGUCACUUUUUAUGUCGAUUCUAAAAACACAAAGAACCUCUGCGACAUUUGGCUAACAUUCUAUCAAGUCGGGAAGUACAUUUCGCCGGACUGGUUUGGGGACUACGAUGCCAAAAUCCAAGAGGAGAGAAUCAAGGUUUUGAUAGAGCAGCGCGAGAUUCUUUCGCUAGCGAUAAAGUACACCAAGCCCAGUGAAUUCACCACAGACAAUAGCAGGCUUCUCGUGGGUCAGUUCAGGCAUGUAAACAUGGAGAUCAAGAAAUGGCAUGAAGAGGCUGAUCUUCAUCGCAGCGAGGAAGUGCGAGACGCGUUCCAAUCUACACAGAAACAGAUUCAGGAUAAUUUGUCAGAUCUUUUGAAUGAGGCCUCUCACUCCCAGAAACAAGCGAGCGAGAAAAUAUCCAAUCUUUUUGUUUCUGGUUUGGGUUGGGCCAUAGGCGCCAAACGGUGA